GCGACUCGUUGACUGUUUACGUCCUCAAUAGCGGAAGUCGCUGUUUUCUUUCCUGGUGAGUUGCUUCAUUAAAACCAGCCUCCAGUGACCAUGAAUGAAGAGUUGUCUCCUUUGGACUGCCUGCUGCCUUCAGGCAAACAGAGGAUUGGUUUGAUCAUCCUGAAUCAGUCUUUGGAUAAGGACUACCUUCACGUGCUAUGGAGUAAAGCUCUCCUGACGGCAUGUGCUGAUGGUGCUGCCAAUCGCCUAUAUCACAUCACUGCUGGAGAAACUGACAGCUUCCUCCCCGACUAUAUUAGUGGUGAUUUUGAUUCCAUUACUUCAGAAGUACGGGAUUUUUAUGCAGGCAAGGGGUGCCGGCUGAUAGAAACAAGUGACCAGGAUCAUACAGACUACACAAAGUGUCUUGUCAUCAUGGUGGAGGAGAUCCAAAAACGGAAGUUGCAGGUGGACGCCAUCGUGACACUGGGCGGGCUGGGGGGCAGAUUUGACCAGACGAUGGCUACUGUUGAGACCCUCCAUCAUGCUCUGUCCAUGACACAGCUCCCAUUGUUGGUCAUCCAGGAGACAAACCUGGCCUAUCUACUUAGACCUGGCAGCCACAGACUGGCGGUAAACACAGGCCUGGAGGGGGACUGGUGCAGCCUUAUUCCUGUGGGGGGACCAUGCUUAACCACCACCAGUGGUCUCAAAUGGAACCUCGGGCCACAACCACAUGAUUAUGGCGACCAGUCACUGCUGUAGCUGAUCAUCAACUUGGUCGUCGAUGGAUUGAAUCGACGUUUGAUGGAUUGAAUCACCCCAUGGAUACAAUCAGACCUGGUUUAUGCUAAACUUUUAUUCAGCGGUCAGUCAACAUGUCCCUUGUAAUAGUCUUAUAGUGGGGUUUAGCGACGACAAACGCCGUCAUCGUAGCAGAUUUAUGACCGUAUUUUCAAAACAAACAUGCCAUUUAAUUUUUUAUUGUAGCCAAACAUUAUCCCUAAAAAUUUAAUGUCUAAAGAACAUUUGUUUUUUCAUAGAUUUUCGCCAAUUUAUUGUGUUUUGUUUACUUUUUCAAUGAAUGCUCAAACUACAUUGCCGUUUUGAAUUGCUUCACUGCAAUAGGAAAUAUCCAACACUUUUUUUCCCCUAUGGACAUAUCCACCUUCAAUUUACCUUUUCGUAUAAAAUUUGGACAUUAUCUGGAAUAUAAACACAUGAUUAUUGAACAUAUUGGAUUGAACUGAAUUGUAGUCUUUUUAAAUUGUUCAUAGGUAAUUAUAGUACGAAAUAAAAAUAUUUACACAUUUGUAAAAUAUUAAUACAUUUUUUAUAUGUAAUUUUACGUACUUGAGCUAUAUUUAUGUUGGUUGUGUCUGUCAUGCACAUACUCCCAUAGCCAGAUCUACUUCUGGUAAAACAGUAAUCCCAUGUUUAUUGCUGUUAAUGUGUUAUUAAAUACAAGGUAAUAUCGCUAUACAAUAAAAAUAAAAUAUAUCAAAAAAGAUUUACUCUAUGGAAAGUGUUCUUCAAGAAUUGUUAUCUCGUGGGGUCUUAUUAGGAUUUCUAAAACUCUUCCAGUAACGAAUACUGAUCAGCUAUGUUGUAUUUACGCCUCUAUGGUCAUCAUCAUGUUCCUGUCACGACAAUUUGCUUCCAUGGUGUUGCAUUACCUUGAGUCUUAUUUCGUAUUUAACAGCUUAACUUUAGUCUGCUAACGUUGUUGCAUUCGAUUACUGUAGCUCCUUCACGGUGACCCCAAAUACCCAUAAUCCCCUUCUCUACCUUUACACUCUUCUCCUCUGGGUAAUUUGCUGUGUAAAUACGUCGCCCAGAUGCAAUUACAGGCAGCAAACAUCCUCAUUGUUAUCGCUGGAGGAGUGUGACGCUCAUUUGGAACCCCCGCUAUUGAUCGGUAUCAACUGAGGAGAGGAUUACUAAUGAAGCUAUUUAAAUGUCUCAGUAGACUUAACACUGAAGGUUUCCCUGCACAGACAACACAUUUCUUUCAUAUUUGUCUUCCUACACUUUUUUGGGCUCCGUGCUAGCUCAAUUAUUAAGCAGCUUUUUCUGCAUUGUGUUUGGUAUCGGCCAGCUUGAACACAAUGAUUGUUUUACAGUCUUUGAAGCAGGUAAAGGCUGUUUGUAGCCAUUUUACGCCUGUGGACAAGCGCUUGUUUUCAUUGUCUGCUGACUUUGUUCUUUGGUCUUCCUUUUCUUUGCAACUUUUUCAUUGUGAUUAAAUUGUGUAUUCUAAUGUGACUUGUGUCCCAGAGGUGGUUUAGAGUGCUCGCUUUGUGUAUGAUGGGUUUUACAGCUAAAAACAAAAACUAAGCGCAAAAUAAACUUUUUUUUAAAAAGCCACUUGAGUUAUCUGGGGGUUUGGUAAAAGCCAAAUACUCAAUUUUUUUA